UUUGAAUAUCCUUCCUUCUUUUUGCGUAGGAUCACUUAUUGAACAAUGACUUUGGCUGUUGAUCUCUUGAACCCCUCUGUUGAACACGAGAAGCGUUCUCACAAGCUCAAGCGCUUGGUACAAUCUCCCAACUCUUACUUCAUGGAUGUCAAGUGUCCUGGUUGUUUGAACAUUAGCACUGUUUUCAGCCAUGCUCAAACUGUUGUUUUGUGUUCUUCUUGUGGUACUGUCCUCUGUCAACCCACCGGUGGUCGUGCUCGUUUGACCGAAGGUUGUUCUUUCCGUAGAAAGGCCAAUUAGAUUCAUUCCACCUGUGUGCAUGGAACAAAAAAAAAACCUCAAAAAUUGAACAAUAAACAUUACAAAUUCAAGUGAUUAACUGUCCAUAUACAAAUGUAC